AUGAGGGAGUUCCUGAGCAAAAGAGAAGACAAAUGGUGGAAGAAGGAACCUCCUGACCAGAUGGAAGAGCCCGGGCCUUGCUCCAUAGAGGUGGGAGUGCCAGAGGAAGCUGAGCACGAGUCGCUGAUGGUUGAUAGUGACUUCAUGAGGGAGGAAAGGGAAGACUCAACCUUGAGUCACAAGGCUGAGCAGACAAGUUCAACAGCAAACCCCCAGGCUCCUGAUGGGAUUUACACCCUGCGCACUGAAAAUGGAGAAAUCUACCAGACCUUCUGCGACAUGACCACCAAGGGGUGCGGCUGGACCCUGGUGGCCAGCAUGCAUGACAACAACGUCUACGGCAAGUGCAUCGAUGGCGAUCGCUGGUCCAGCCAGCAGGGGAGCAACAUCAACUACCCAGAGGGAGAGGGCAACUGGGCCAAUUAGGUUGGCUCUGCGGUGGGCUCCACCAGCGACAACUACAAGAAUCCUGGUUAUUAUGAUCUGCAAGCCCAGGACCUGUCCGUGUGGCAUGUAACCAACAAGACACCCCUGAAGGAAUGGAAGAACAGGUCCAUCCUGAGGUACCACACCGAGACCGGCUUCCUGUCCUCGGAGGGGGGAAACCUCUUUAAACUCUACCAGAAAUACCCAGUGAAAUACGGCGCUGGCUUCUGCAAGACCAACAAUGGCCCCGCCGUGCCCAUCAUCUACGAUUAUGGUGAUGCCCAGCAAACCGCCAACUAUUACUCUCCAAACAGCCGAUCUAAAUUCAUCGCUGGCUACAUCCAGUUCCGCGUGUUUAAUAAUGAGAAGGCGGCCAUGGCUCUGUGUUCUGGGGUGAAAGUGACUGGCUGUAACACCAAGACUUACUGCAUAGGUGGAGGAGGGUUCUUCCCAGAAGCGAACCCUGCUCAGUGCGGUGAUUUCCCUGCCUUUGACUGGAAUGGCUAUGGAACCCAUCAGCACUGGAGCAUAUCCAAGGAGAUGAUUGAAUCCACAGUGCUGCUGUUCUACCGCUGAGUUCGGAAAGGCUGGCGUGACCCAG